CUGCAGACUGCCAGAGGAAAGAGGCCAGGAGGAAAAGGGAAAGAGAAGAGGUUGCCCAGGCGUGAUGAGACCAUGCCCUUCAUCUUUUCUUUCCCCUAAUCUGCUCUGUGUCCAUCCAGGCUCUGCCCCCCUGGCAGAACUGCUCAGACUGCUAUACAAACCGUCCCAGUUUCCUCUUUCGAGCCUCGGAGUGUGGCGCAGCCCCUUGCCGAGCUCAUUGAGAGGACUUGGCUGUCUUUGAAUCCACCUCCAGAUCAGAGUCAAGGAAUAUUUUCAUAAUGGACACUUCAUCCAAAGAAAAUAUCCAGUUAUUCUGCAAAAGUUCAGUGCAACCUGUUGGGAGGCCUUCCUUCAAAGCAAAAUAUUCCUCCUCAGAGAAACAACAGUGCUGUAGUGAACUAAAGCUGUUUUUAGGUGCCUUGUCCUUUGUUUUCUUUGCCAAAGCUCUGGCAGAAGGCUACCUGAAGAGCACCAUCACUCAAAUAGAGAGAAGGUUUGAGAUCUCCUCUUCACUGGUGGGAGCCAUUGAUGGUAGUUUUGAAAUUGGGAAUCUCUUAAUUAUAACAUUUGUUAGCUACUUUGGAGCCAGACUUCAUAGGCCAAAAAUAAUUGGAGCAGGGUGCCUACUCAUGGGAGUUGGAACAUUGCUGAUUGCAAUGCCUCAGUUCUUCAUGGAGCAGUACAGAUAUGAAAGGCAUUCUCUUCCAUCCAAUUCCACUCUCAGCACCUCUCCCUGUCUCCUGGAGGAAGACAGUCAAUUACCAGUCUCGGAAGAAUCACAAUCCCAAAAAAAUAAUGAAUGCAAAGUUGAUUCCAGCUCUUCCAUGUGGGUUUAUGUUUUCCUGGGGAACCUUCUUCGUGGAAUUGGAGAGACUCCCGUUCAGCCUCUGGGCAUCGCCUACCUUGAUGAUUUUGCCAGUGAAGACAAUGCGGCUUUCUAUAUUGGGUGUGUGCAGACUUUUGCAAUUAUCGGACCAAUCUUCGGCUUCCUGUUAGGCUCCUUCUGUGCCAACCUAUAUGUUGACAUUGGCUUUGUAAACCUAGAUCACAUAACCAUAACCCCAAAGGAUCCACAGUGGGUGGGUGCCUGGUGGCUUGGUUAUCUCAUAGCGGGAACUGUAAGUCUUCUUGCAGCCGUGCCUUUCUGGUAUUUACCAAAGAGUCUGCCGAGACCACAGAAUAAAGAAGAUUCCAACUCCUCCUCUGAGAAAUCCAAGUUUAUCAUGGGUGAUGGCACCAUCACCCAAACACCCCUUGGAGAAAAAGCGAAAAUAAUGGAAAUGGCAAGAGAUUUUCUUCCGUCUCUGAAGAACAUUUUUGGGAAUCCAGUGUACUUCUUAUAUUUGUGUGCAAGCACCAUUCAGUUCAAUUCUUUGUUUGGCAUGGUGACGUAUAAACCAAAGUACAUUGAGCAACAGUACGGGCAGUCAUCCGCUAAGGCCAACUUCGUUAUCGGGGUCAUCAACAUACCUGCAGUGGCCCUUGGAAUAUUCUCUGGGGGUAUAGUUAUGAAAAAAUUCAGAGUCAGUAUGUGUGGAGCUGCCAAACUCUACUUGGGAUCAUCUAUCCUGGGGUACCUCCUGUUCCUCUCCCUGUUUGCACUGGGCUGUGAAAAUUCUGAUGUGGCAGGAUUAACUAUUUCCUACCAAGGAACCAAACCUGUCUCUUAUCAUGAACGAGCUCUCUUUUCAGAUUGCAACGCAAGAUGCAAAUGUUCAGAGACAAAAUGGGAACCCAUGUGUGGUGCAAAUGGAAUCACAUAUGCUUCGGCUUGUCUUGCUGGCUGUCAAACCUCCACCAGGAAUGGAACAACUACUAUAUUUUAUAACUGCACCUGUGUGAAAAUUACAGCCUCAAGAUCAGAAAAUUCCUCAGGGCUCGUGGGCAGAUGUCAAAAAGAUAAUGGAUGUCCCAAAAUGUUUCUGUAUUUCCUUGUCCUUUCAGUCAUCACGUCCUAUACUUUAUCUCUAGGUGGUAUACCUGGAUACAUAUUGCUUCUGAGGUGCAUUAAGCCACAACUUAAGUCUUUCGCCCUGGGUAUCUACACCUUAGCAAUAAGAGUUCUUGCAGGAAUCCCAGCUCCUGUGUAUUUUGGAGUUUUGAUUGACACAUCAUGCCUCAAAUGGGGAUUUAAAAAAUGUGGAAGUAGAGGAUCCUGCAGAUUAUAUGAUUCAAAUGCUUUCAGACACAUAUAUCUGGGACUAACGAUGAUUCUGGGAACAAUCUCCAUUUUCCUAAGCACUGCAUUACUUUUCAGUUUAAAGAAAAAAUGUGUUUCAAAGCACAGAAGCUUCAGAACCAACAAAGAAAAAACAAAGGUGUCUAUAAAAAUUAGGAAGGAAAAUGGUCCUGCAAGUGAUUACUGGCUACAACCCAACUAUUGGCCGGGCAAGGAAACACAGCUGUAGGCAAAGGAUGACUUGAACCCAUGUUUCCUGCUCUCUGGAAAUUUUGCAGACAAGUACAUUUUAGUCGAAAGUGUUCAAAUGUGUAAGUUCUUUCUCCUUUCAAAAAAUGUCUACUUUGUUUUUGAUCCUAGGUAUUAGAUAAUGCACCUGGUAACUAUAAUUAAGCAUACUAUAGAGAAUGUUGAGAAUGAAAUUAAUCUUAAAUCUUUGAGUACACAUAGGAAUUCUUGCUAUUAUUACUCAUUCUGCUUAAUUUUGCCUUGUGCCCAUUGAUAUAUUAUUAGCUGUAUUCCUGGUAGAAUGAUUAUCCAUGUAAUAAUCUAAGUCUACAUGUAAAGUCAUUUCUAAACUGAGAUAUGUAUCUAGGGGAAGAGAAUACUGCUAAAAAUUAAAUCACACCUUGGCUAUCUUCAAAUAUGACCUUAAUGAUGAUGAUAAGAUGGUCAGAACAUGUAGAGGAAGAUUUCAUUUUAAGCUCCUUCCUUUUGGAAUAUAAUAAUUGAUAUAGAGGUGUAGAGUGACACUAAUCUUGGGGAAUAAGAAUUUUUGGAUUAUUAACUUUUCUGCCACUCAUUACACGUGCUUUAUGUGUGAUACGUUAAGUGAUCAUGGCAGUAAAAUAAUAAAAUUAAUAUU